AUGAACUCGCUCAACAUCAUCACCUCGCGCGUGUCGCCGUCGUCCAGCGCAUCCCCUACACGAACCAACAGUCUCACCUCGAUGAGCCUAGAACUGCCCGGCAUCGACGAGAAGCUCCACGACGCUCACGAUGGUGAUGGUCCCCAGGGCCACGAUACGGAGCCCUUUCCCGACACCUUUGAAGGCUCCCAUGAUGAAAAGUCGGCGCCCUCGGAGCAGACGCCGCUCUUGUCUGAAGGCAGGGAAUCGUCAGAGCCGUGGCACACCUCGCGUGGGCAAUGGCUACCCCGGCGCGUGCUGGCGAGCGUCGUCAACUCUCUCCGCUGGUUCCUCUCCGCGCUCGCCUCUCCCGGGGUCUAUCUCAUUGCCUGCUUCUACGAUGACGAGGAUGUAUUUGCUCCCAUGUCGCAGCUUAAGAAGCUGUUCGGGGUGUAUCCCAACUCGAGGCGGAAAGCGGCCUAUGGCAGCAACCAGGCGCACGGUGACAGCGAGUCAGCCGACUCGCACACACCCUCCUCCGGCUACAACAAUAUGCUAGCACCGCCCGCCAACGCACGCCCAGGCACAUCGUCUUCCAUGUCUUCCGAAUCCGACUCCGACCAUUCUCAGACCCCCUCCACCAGCAGCCACCACAACCGAUCCAAGUCGCUACAGUCCUCCGAGGAAGGCGGGUCGUCGCGCCGGUCGAUACGAAUCAAGCUGAACAACGACGACGCCACCCGCCAACGCAAGCAGCACCGUAAGACGCAGUCUGCAGCACCACGCACCAAGCUCAGCGAGUACGGCCAGGAGCUGUCGGCCCAUCUCAAGUCGCCCACCUCUCCCCACGCCGCCCUUACCAAGUACCCCAAGGCACCCGCCCCUCCCCGACCGCUCAUUCCCCGCCGACAACCAUCGUACAUCAACUUUGAGCCCUCCCGCAAGCAGCAGAAGACGCUGAUUCUGGACCUGGAUGAGACGCUCAUCCACAGCAUGUCCAAGGGCGGGCGCCUCAACAGCGGCCACAUGAUCGAGGUCAGCCUUAACGCGGCUUCUCUGGGACUCGGUGGUGGCGGCGGCGCGGGCAUGGCGCAGCAUCCAAUUCUGUACUGGGUCAACAAGCGACCUUACUGCGACGAGUUCCUGCGGCGCAUCUGCAAGUGGUACAAUCUGGUGGUGUUUACGGCGUCGGUGCAAGAGUACGCAGACCCGGUGAUUGACUGGCUCGAGUCGGAGCGCAAGUUCUUCUCUGCGCGCUACUACCGGCAACACUGCACAUACCGACAAGGGGCAUACAUCAAGGACCUGAGCUCGGUAGAGCCUGACCUGAGCAAGGUCAUGAUUCUGGAUAAUAGCCCGCUGAGCUAUCUGUUUCACGAGGACAAUGCCAUUCCGAUCCAAGGCUGGAUCAACGACCCCACGGAUAACGACUUGAUGCACCUGGUGCCGAUGCUUGAAGGCCUGCAGUAUGUGCACGACGUACGUGCGCUGCUGGCCCUUCGCGGGGGUGAAGACAGUCAGUCGAUGGGCUAG